UGCCAAGUCGAUCUACUAGACCAUGCUACUUCCCAACGUCUUUUAACAGCCAAGACUUAGGUGAGACCAAAAAUUACUGCCCCAGCUGUAGCCUGCAACUUCCCAAGGGCCGUCUGUAUUAAGUAUGUGCAUAUAUAGCUAGUCCUAAAAUUUGAACUUUUUAUAUGUGCUCCCUUUUCUUAAAGCCGCCCAAGAUUCACGUGCCUGUUACAACAGAUCUAUUCUUUUUGGAUAAAGUACGAGAAAAAAAUUUGAAAAUUUGUUACGAAAAAGAUGCACACUUUUUCUGGAUAACACUUGUUUGGUGUGAUAUAUAUAUUUUGUAGAGGGACAUCAUGACAUUCUGUGGGGAAUGGAUAAAAGGGGUGGGUUUUCUGUGAGGAUCUUGUGAUUUCCUGAGAUGGGUAGGGGUUGGUUUGUUGGGAUUUUGGCUGUGUGGUUGUUGGGGGCGGUUGGUGUGCAAGGUUACCCGGCUGAGGAUCUGGUUGUGAGGCUGCCUGGACAGCCUACGGUUGGGUUCAGGCAGUAUGCUGGGUAUGUUGAUGUGGAUGUCAAGGCUGGGAGGAGCCUGUUCUACUAUUUUGUCGAGGCAGACAAAGAACCUGACAAGAAGCCCCUCUCGCUCUGGCUCAAUGGAGGCCCGGGUUGUUCCUCUCUUGGUGGAGGUGCCUUUACAGAGUUGGGUCCAUUUUAUCCUACAGGUGAUGGUCGAAGCCUUCGAAAAAAUUCAAUGUCAUGGAAUAAAGCAUCGAAUCUCCUCUUCGUUGAGUCUCCUGCUGGAGUAGGAUGGUCAUACUCAAACACAAGUUCAGAUUAUACAUGUGGAGAUGCCUCCACUGCUAGGGAUAUGCAUGUCUUUUUGUUGAAAUGGUACGAGAAGUUUCCAGAUUUCAAAUCCAGAGAACUUUUCCUCACCGGAGAAAGCUAUGCAGGGCAUUACAUACCACAACUGGCUAUUGCCCUUCUGGACCAUAAUGCACAUUCAACUGGUUUCAAGUUCAAUAUCAAGGGGGUUGCUAUUGGGAAUCCACUUUUAAAACUUGAUCGGGAUGUUCCAGCAACCUACGAAUUCUUUUGGUCACAUGGAAUGAUUUCUGAUGAAAUUGGGCUUGCCAUCAUGAACGAUUGUGAUUUUGCUGACUAUGUCUUUGCAAGUCCUCACAAUGUGACAGAAUCAUGCAACCGUGCCAUAAAUGAAGCAAACAGCAUUGUUGGUGAUUACAUAAACAACUACGAUGUGAUCCUUGACGUCUGCUAUCCAUCUUUAGUAGAGCAAGAGCUGAGAUUGCGGAAAUUGGCUACUAAGAUAAGUGUUGGGGUUGAUGUGUGUAUGACCUAUGAAAGACGGUUCUAUUUCAACCUUCCUGAAGUUCAGAGAGCUCUUCAUGCAAAUCGGACCAAAUUACCUUACAACUGGUCUAUGUGCAGUGGUGUUCUGAAUUACAGUGAUAUUGAUGGGAACAUUGACAUGCUUCCCUUACUCAAAAGAAUACUCCAAAAUCGUAUUCCAGUUUGGGUUUUCAGUGGGGAUCAAGAUUCCGUUGUACCGCUGCUCGGCUCACGGACACUCGUCCGAGAACUGGCUCAUGAUCUGAAUCUCAAGAUUACAGUACCAUAUGGAGUUUGGUUUCACAAACGCCAGGCGGGAGGUUGGGCGACUGAGUAUGGCAAUUUGUUAACUUUUGCCACAGUAAGGGGUGCUGCACAUAUGGUACCCUAUGCACAGCCAUCAAGAGCAUUGCAUCUAUUCAGUUCAUUCGUGCGUGGCCGGAGGUUGCCGAAUGCAACACGUCCUCCAAUUGAUGAUUAAGAACAAUGUGAUCAGAAGUUUCAAAUUGUUUCAUGAUCCAGAAAUCCCACUCAAAAGCAUUAAGAUAGAAUUGGUCUUUCAGUGGUAAUAAUGAAAAAUAGAAACAGUUGCAAUUGUAUUUGGAGGAAUGAUAGAAUCAAAAUAUCAUCAAGAACAUGAAUUUUCUGCA